AUGGAUUUAUCUUCUAUUGUUCUGGCACUUCAGGGGAACUUGGCUUUUUUGCCGCGUGCCGUGUCAGUGCUGUUCAACCACGCGAACCCGCUCUCGGAACGAGAGGCGGCAAAACUUUCCGAAUUUACGAGAGAGCAGCAAGAGACGGGAGCACCGGUGGCUUCUGUGCCGGAUAACAUUAAACAACUCAUGGAGAGACCGCUUCAUCGUCUGUCCGCGGUUACUGUCAUUCAGUGCAUCUUGGGAGCUGCCAGGGUUCCAAGCCUCCCCGUAAAGUACCAGCGACGUCUCCAGCGACAUCUUUUACCUCUUCUUUGUAAGAGUGAACUGUUAUCACUGGAGGAAUGGAGCCAUGUUCUUCGUCAGACAGCAACGCUUCCAAUGGGCCACUCUGCCAUCCCACUGCGAUGUGCAGAAGAGGUACUAAAGGCAGCGGCACCGGCUUUGUUUCUCUCAAAGAACAAAUCUGCCGAAGAAGAAUCCGUCAACGAGGUGCAAAAGUUAUUUCUCAAGACAUUUUCUGUGGUCGUUUCGCAUUACGCCAAACGGUACACCAGAUGUUUUCAGCGCUCAGCGACACAGAAAAUGCCUACAAGUAAGAGCAAUAACAAGAGGAAUUUUCUAUAUUCUACUCCAUUUAGGCGUCUCCAACGCAUAUUGGAUGUGAAUUGGGGGCACACCCGGGAAGCAUGGUUGGAGAUUGUUGAGACGUUGUCACCGGCGGAGGUCCUUAUACUUUCGUUAGCAACACCAUGGAAUUAUCCCAUAAAGAAUGGUACACUCAUGCAGGUGUUGAAGGGCAGUCCAACGUUGUUGUUUCAUCUUUUUUCCGACCGACCUUCCCCUGGUUCAUUAUGGGUUGAGUGCCCCAAUGACGCAAUACAAACUUGCAUUUACAAUAUGGGGCUUACCAAUUGCUCACGUGAUAAUGCAUUGGAUUACCUCGUUGUGCUUUUGGCGCUUUCUGGGGAGGACAAAUUUGCAUUUUUCAAGUCUCGUGGUAUGGACGGAUUUGUGCAAUUGUUAACACCCUUUGUGAACAAUGUCAAGACUUUGAACGUCGCUGUGGCACAGGAAUGGCAAGAGCUUUAUGCAUUACUUUUUCUUCACAUGAAAGCAGAGGAGGAGUUAUUUCCUCUUUUUGUUCAGGCCGCUUCCGAUGUUGUGGUAAACCGAUGCCGGGCUGUGACUGAAAAGGCAUCGAUUAUAACCCUUACCGCCUCCGUGAUGCACGCCAUGUCUGAUGCCGCACGAUCCAAGGCUGCAGCUGGAAAAUUGACCCGCAUGAUUGAGCGGGAACUAGCAAGUCCUGCCGUAGACACUGCCGCUGCUGCUUGGAGACUUCUUCGAGAAGCUAGAUUGGAGGAGGAUGUUGCAGAUGAGAUACGCUCUGCAUUAAAAAGCGUCAAGAACAAUGAACAACUCCGAAGGGUUAUGAUAAUACAUAUUUCCCCGCAACGAGCACCCGCCGAUGUCAUUACCUCUCUGAUUGAGCCGCUUUUUGAGGAAUGUGAAGAGGCAGAGGCGUAUCGACCGGAUGCGUUUUUGGCAUUGCGCAUCGCUGCACAGAGACGAUUCAAUGCGGUAGCAAAGCUGUGCGGCAUUCUUUGUCAGGCAGAUGUGGUGGCACAAUUGGGUACGGUAGCGGAUGAAUUGAACGGUCUUAUGGAAACGGCGGUGGCACUUGCCCAAAUUAGUUUAUUUGCUCCCAUGGCGCUUCUCUUAACCCACAGAAGUGGAUUACUGCGACAGCACCUUUCCUCGUAUGUUGCCACAAUUUCUACUGAUGCAAGUGCCAUCAUCGCCCUUUGGGACAGCCUGACACGCACAGUGUUCGGGUUGGAAGCGAAGGAAAAGCCGAAGAUUUUGUCCUCCAAUGCCGUUGGGGCGCUCCUUACGGUGGCCCCAGCAUUACUGCAGCACACCGCGAAGACGCCAGUAUCGACCACGCUCUGCGAAGUUCUGCUUUGCUGUGGCCAUGACCACAUUCAAGGGACAGAUCCGUACUAUUUCCACACAAAGUCAUUUCUUCUUGGCCGUCGGCGGACGAGUUCGGGGGUGGUGCAAUCGCAAGUAUUUGAACGACUCUUUGCCGGGGAACACGCACACCUGUUUAAACUGCACAGUGAGGCACUUGUCAGCAAAAUCUGUGAGAAUUUUAAUGGUCCGACACAUUUGGGUACGGCUGCCAGUCGUGGCUUGGUGCUGCUUUUGAGCUUUAUCACCAGUCCCCUGUCAUUGCAGCAAGCCUUUGAAAAUCUUUUAGAUGCCACCAAAAAAUCGGUGGAUUACUUGAUCUCUCUUGAUGCCCGUGACCGCGCCAUUGCGGCCUCCUCCGUAACGGCGCUGCAAGAGUACGAAACAAAGGCCUUACGGGAGCGACAACUUCUCAAGACAUAUUCUGAUAAACCACCCAAGGGAAUGUCUGAGGACGACUACGAAGACAUGAAACGAAGAGAUGCGAUUGCUCUUGAAAAGGGUCGAGAGGUGUUGCGCAUAGAAAUAGAGAAGCGGAGGCAUGAGAUUGAGGAGAUGAUACGGAAGAAUAAGGUACCAUUGGCGACGAUUCGUACUCUUGGAGCUACAGGACGUUUUCCUAUCGAAGGGGUAGCGGUACUUUAUCCCUAUCUUCAGGGCAUUUUGAAUCGCAACGAUGUGCCGGAAGUACUUGAGCGUCUUAUUGUAGAUGCCAUCUCAGGUCUGCUUUCAAAAACCAUCUUUGCAGACAUGGGGGAGAACAUGGCGUGUACUGUGGCCCAGUUGCAUGACAAACCAUCUCUUACGGUUGGGGACGUGUCACGGCUCUCAACGAUGUCGCUGCAUCUGCGUCAGGCCAUCACUCACAUGAUUCCUGCCCCUCUUUUUGUGGUAUUGCUCCCUUUCUCACGGGUUGCGUUUAAGGCGGGUCGUGGAGGCAAUGCCGUGCAGACGACCAUUCCUGUUGCGACGCAGCACCAGAUUAUGGGUCUACUUUUGCAGAACCUCGGACAGCCUAAAUUACCGCAGCCUACAGAAACACUACAACUACUUACCAACAUUUUACAAAAUUUUCCUUCACUCUUUAAGAGUGUGCAACAGGGCAUUAAUCUCCUGAUGGCUCUGAUUCCUGCGUCGAAUCUCACAGCACUGGAACUCGGUCUUUUUAACCCCGCUGAUGCUGUUAAGGAGGUGGUUGCUUCAGCAUAUCAUCGAUUUUCGCACUUCUUGACAUGUCGUCGUGCAUUGGUUUUGGCGGCAGUUUCUCUUCAUGAUUCUUCUCUCGAGGUGGUGAAGUCGAUGCAACGUGUCACGCAAGAUCCCGUGUACUCCUUCUCGCUCGAUCCAAUGGACUGGAAUGAUCUUCUUUACUUUUUGAGAAAUUACGGCCAACACCAAGCAUCACACGCUGUGCGUAUCGGUGAGACUAUGCGAGAACUCUUCUUACUGCCCUCGACGACUGUGGCACAGCAAAAGUUGUGGCUUGAAGACCUAAAGAAGAUUGCUGGACAAGGUGCUAUUGUAUCUAUUCAGGUUUUGUCUUCCUCAUUGAUGAAUGAUGCCUUUCAGGGCGUCCUGUUGUUUCUUUGCGAAAUGGCAGAGUCUCCGAGCACGGAACCACUUAUGCGACUUAUCCUCUCAUGUGGACGCGUGGUUCUGAAUGACUGCGCUAUCGAUGUUCUCAAGUCAUUGGCUCCAACACUUCAGACUCGCCUUGGCAAGCCACCUAAAGAUCUCACCGAUGCACACAAAGAGCUCUACUUUGCCACUUCUACAGUGUGGCUUACGAUCAUUAGUUGUCGUCUUAAAGAGACUGUGUUGUUGGAAUCCAUUGUCGAGCAACAGAGUAGCACAUUAAACAAGUCAAGCUCGGCUAUGGUGCAUCGGGCUGUGUGUACAUCUAUGGUGGAGAUUACGAAAAACGAGGAGGUGCGAGCUUCUCCAAAGUUGGAUGAGUUUGUGGAGAAGUGUUUGAAACAGGUCAUUCACGCCAGUUCAUACAUUAAGAAAAAAGCACAUGCCUAUGGUCUUGUGGGCGUUCUUCAGGGUUUGGGUCUUACUUCCCUUAGACGUUACCAGAUUAUGGAGAUUAUGAAAAAGGCCGUCAGUGAGAAUCGGACAGAGCGGACGGG